AUGGAAGUAUGCAUCAUCGGUGUGUGGGGUACCGGAGGAGUUGGGAAAACUACUUUGGUGAAGAAUCUGAACAACGAGCUCUUAAAGAAUGUGCCAAGUUCCAAACUGUCUUUUGGCGUUGUGAUAUGGGUUACAGUGCCCAAACCGCCAAUAGACGUAAGAAAGAUUCAAGAGCAAAUUGCCAGCAGAUUAAACCUGAAGGUUGAUAAAGAGGGAAGUGUAGAAAGCAUUGCCGGAAAAAUCUGUGAAAGGCUCAAGGAAGAAAAGAGUUUCCUUCUCAUAUUGGAUGACGUUUGGGAAACUAUAGAUUUGGAUGAUGUAGGCGUGCCCCAACUUUCCGUGAGAAGAAAGAUAAUUAUAACUUGUCGUUCUUUGGAGGUUUGUAGGCAAAUGAGAACAAACAGAGAAAUGAACAUAUUCACACUGGAAGAGGGCGAAUCUUUGCAACUGUUUGUCAAAAAUGCGGGAGAUGUUGCCAAUCUGGAGUAUAUUCAAACAUUGGCAAUGGAUAUUGCAAGAGAGUGUGGUGGUUUACCUUUAGCCAUCACUGUUAUUGGAUCAUCUAUGAGAGGGAAGACAAGGGUUGAGCUCUGGCAAGAUGCUUUGGAUUCACUUACAAGGUCUAAACCUCAUAGCAAAGUUGUAGAAGAUAAGGUUUACGGUGUCAUCAAGUGGAGUUAUGAUUCUUUAGAAUCUCGAGAUAUUCAAAACUGUUUCUUGUAUUGCUCGUUAUAUCCAGCAGCUAUUCCGAUAGAUGAUCUCAUACAUUGCUGGUGGGCGGAGGGGAUCCUCAGUGAACAUGACACUUAUGAACAAGCCUACAACAGGGGAAUCACGUUGGUUGAGAGUCUAAAAGAUGCCUGCUUGCUAGAAGCCGAUAAGAUGGAGGACGAGGAUUGUGUGAAGAUGCAUGACAUGGUUCGUGAUGUUGCUAGAUGGAUACCUAGUACCUCUGGGGAUGAAGACACUUAUGUUUUUCAAGCUGGAAUUGGGUUGACUGAGAUAUCACGUAUUACAAUAUCAACUUCUGUCAAGAGGAUAUCUUUUGUAAGUAACAAGAUUGAAUGUCUACCUGAUUGCUUCACCAAAUGUCCAAAGACAACAUCUUUACUUUUGCAAGACAAUCAUCACCUUAUGAAAAUACCCCGGGAAUUCUUUUUGGCAUUUCCAGCUCUAAGAGUUCUGAAUCUGAGUGGAACUGGUAUUAGGGAACUGCCUUCUUCCAUCAAUAGUUUAAGUCAACUACGUGCUCUAAUACUACAAAGUUGUCAUUGGUUGAACCAUUUACCAACCGUUGCUAAUCUUCACAAUUUGCAAGUGCUCGAUUGUGAAUUUACAGGGAUACGUUGUCUGCCGCAAGGAAUGGAAAAUUUAACAAAUCUGAGGCUAUUAAAUAUAUCGGGUAGCUGUCUUGGAGCGACCUCUUUUGAUGAGAUAUCAUCUCUACACAAUCUGACUCAUCUCUCGAUUAGAGUGGAUAGCUCAUCAUGUUUGAAUGGAGAUUACACCUGGACCUGGAUGACUAGAUUGAAAGGAUUUCUCAUUAAAGUUGGAGAAACUCCAAUUUAUGUGCCAUACAAGAAGUCAAUAAGGGCGAUAAAUGUCGCCGGGUGUGAAAUUUUCAGUAACGGAGAGCUCUCAGGCAUGUUGCAGUUUGCUUCAGAUUUGUACUUGGACAAAUGCAUGGGUCUCAGGAAGUUGAUUGCAUACAACGCUUUUAAUGGAUUAAAAUUACUAGACAUAAAGGGCUGUUCUUGUUCUUUUGGACCAGUGGAAGGAGGAAGUGGACAAUUUGACCCUUUGCCAAAUCUAGAACAUCUCGUCCUCCGUUUCGUAGAAAAUUUAAAGAGUGUUUCUGAUUUCGGUCAAUAUUUGGGUCUAAGAUUUUCUAAAUUACGCCAACUGGAUAUCGAUAUUUGUGAAAGUUUAACAUGUCUUUUUAACGAUGGUGGAUCUUGUUCUGUGCCCAAGCACUUGGAAGAUAUUACAAUUAGAUGUUGUACAGAUCUAGUAGACUUGUUUGUGCAAUGCAGCUCAAGUGAUCAGGCAACACUUAUCAACUCAGAAAUUCCAAGAGUUCGGAAGUUAAAGUUGGCCUACUUACCUGGACUAGGAGGAACGUUGGGGGAGCCACAGAGUAUGUGGGAACACUUGGAGGAACUCAUGGUGAUCGGUUGUUAUGGACUAAGGAAGUUGCCUCUCUCUAUUCAAACCUCCAAAAACAUCAAAAUAAUAGAAGGAGAAUCAUUCUGGUGGAGCGAACUGGAAUGGGAUGAUGACAACUUCAAGUCGAAUUUAGAGUGUUGUUACAAAAAUAGGUAUUCUUACUGAUGACAGAAGGAUGUUUUGGAUUUAUAAAAGGGUUAUUUCACCUCUAGAUUUAAUGUUUUAGAUUAAGUAUUUUGAUCAAAAUAGCUUUUAAGCUAUUUUUUUAAUUUUUUUU